AUGGCCGGCUUGCCCUUCAUUGUGCCCCAUGGUAAUGGAGCGCGCGAGGUGGGCGCGGAGUCUGACCGCGUGAGCUUGCCGACUUCUGCGCCCAUCGACGCGUCGGGCCUGCCGGGGGGCCCGCGCCUGCCGCCCGAUUUGGCCGAAGACUACGACGAAGACGGAGAAUUCAUCCUGAGGCCUGUUUGGAAUGACAACGCAGAGGGCGACGUGGGCUCGCGGGGGGAGCAGCGCCAGGGUAGCGGCGGCCCUGACCAGGAAGAGCGUCGUGGCAGCGACGCCAUGGGCCAAUUUGGUAUCAUGACUGCCAACUGGGGUGGCGAGAGGUUUAUGAAGCAAGAUCCUGGCGUGGACGAGGCCGACAGCCCCGCGGUGACGGGGCAUCGGCCCCUACGACAAUUCAUCGGAGCUGCAGGCAUUGAUCGGGGAAGCACCAUAAUGAUCUUCGCUAGGCCGCCCCACGUGAAAGGGAUGCGGACUCUAGUGUUCCACCGGACCGGAGUUGGAACAUACUCGAUCACCCAGAAGAACAGAGCUAGGACGCGGGUCACGAAGAUUGCCGUCAGUAGGAUGCUGAUAGCAUCCGCCAAGAUGAGGUUUUGGCAGACUCGCGGUAGCGGGGGGGGUCGCGCUGACGACCAGGCCGCAGACGAGUUCCGUUUGGCGAACGUGCACCUCAACCACAGGACGGCGAAGCGCGACCUCCAGGGUG